AAUGCCUUCUUGGUGUACAUCCUCAACCUGGCCUGGGCUGACUUCCUCUUCCUUAGUGUCUUCAUGGCAGAGUCUCUGGAGAAUCUCAUCAACUUCAACACUGAGGAGAAGAUACUCACCUCUGAAUUCAUCAAUAUUGCGUCGAACUUGGCCUAUGUCGCAGGCCUGGGUAUUCUCAGCGCUGUUAGCACAAAGCGCUGCCUGUCAGUCUUGUUCCCCAUCUGGUACCGCUACCACCGACCGAGGCAUCUGUCAGUGGUGAUGUGCAUCCUGCUCUGGGCACUGUCCCUGCUGGUGAGCAUUCUUGAAGAUUGUGGCUUCCUUUACACAGAGCUUAACUAUAAGUGGUGCCAGGUAUUUGACUUCCUCACAGUAGGGUGGCUGAUUUUUUUAUGUGUUGUUCUUUCUGGGUCCAGCCUGGCCCUGGUGGCCAAGAUCUUCUGCAUUUCCAGGUGUAUAGGGCUUACUAAUCUCUACAUGGUCAUCCUGCUCACCGUGCUGGCCUUCCUCCUCUGUGGACUUCCCUUCGGCAUCUACUGGUUCCUCUUAAUCUGGAUUGGAAAUCAUUCUGAACCACUAUUUUGUAAUCUUUAUUCGGUUUCAGUUGUCUUGUCAGCUAUUAAUAGCAGUAUCAAUCCAAUCAUCUACUUUCUAGUUGGCUCCUUCAGAAAGCGACAGUGGAGGUGCCAGUGGCAAACCCUCAGGCUGGUUCUCCAGGGAGCUCUGCAGGACACUCCCGAGGUGGACAAACAUGGAGGCAACGUUCAGCAAGAAGCCCUGGAGAUGACCAGAAGCAGUCUGGUGUAG